CUUGUUUUACUUUUGCAUUAGGUGUUUUCUCCAGUGGGAAUGGAGGUCUUUAUCCUGCUUGCGUUUGGACUGACCACAGUUGCUAUCGUGGCCUUCUUCUUGAAACCGUACUGGGACUGGCGUUGCAGCUGCAGUAAGCCCUUGGAGUCACAGAUCUCCAGGACUUCCUUUCAGUGCUCUCCUGGUGAACUUGUGCCAGCUCCAUGGAAGGCGCCAGAGGUGGUGCUUUCUGUGGUAGUUCCUGCGUACAACGAGGAGUAUCGAUUACCACAGAUGUUGGAUGAGACCCUUGCGUACUUAGAGAGUCGCGGCGGCGCAACAUCCUUCUCAUAUGAGGUUAUUGUUGUUGAUGAUGGCAGCAGUGACGGCACUUAUGCUGCAGCACUUUCUACGAGCAGGGACGCAUCCCUGCAGCAUGGCGAAGUUCGGAUCAUCAAGUUGCUCGUCAAUCGUGGCAAGGGCUUUGCGGUCCGUGCGGGGAUGCUUGCUGCCAGAGGGCAGCUUUUGCUGAUGGCGGAUGCCGAUGGGGCCACCAGCAUUCGAGAUCUAGAGCGGCUCGAACGAGCUCUAGGGCCCAAGGAGGAUGCUCCCCAGAUUGCCUUUGGCUCUCGACACCACCUCCGAGAAGAGGCUCUGACAAAAAGGGCCUGGUAUAGGAAUGUCUUGAUGGUUGGAUUUCAUUUUGCAGUGUGGAUAUUGGUUGGCGGAAGCGUGAAGGACACUCAGUGUGGCUUCAAGCUUUUCAAAGCCAACGCCACCUGUCAUUACUGGAUUCAGAUUACUGGGGUGAACUGAAUGAACAGAGUGAAAAGAAUGAGCCAAUGUGUGAAGAUUAAACGCUGCAUGAUUUGUGCACUCUGUGCAGUUUGGCAUUUGCCAAACAUACUUGGCUGAACUUUUGAAGGCAGCCAAGCAAAUCUUCGCAUCCCUGCAUCUCUACAGAUGGGCGUUUGACAUUGAGGUCCUCAUUCUUGCGCGGAUACUGGGAAAAAGCGUGACAGAGGUGCCAGUGACUUGGGUGGAGAUGCCCGGCUCGAAGCUUAAUCUGCUAACUGGUGCCGUCACCAUGUUACGUGACAUGGCUCUGGUGCAGGUUCUGUAUGCUGUUGGCAUAUGGCAGCCUUCAGUUUUGUGAAGCUUGAAUCGACUUGCGUUGCAAGCUUGGACUCCCUCGUCGGUUAGGAGAGCGGUGGCUAAAGCGCCUCCGGGUUUUUGGCUGCACUUUUCCUGAUUUGGUGCUCUAAGCCACAACCGCAAGCUGAGCUUUGCGAC